GGGGCUUGUGGUCGCGGAGGGUGGACUACGAGCCCCAGGGCCCCGCGCGCGGUUCCGGACAACGCCUGGUGUGUGGUAACACCGCGGAUCUUCCUCCUCCUCCUCCUCCUCCUCCUGCUCCUCCUGCUCCUCGCGGGCGCUUCCGGCGCGGCGGCGGAGGCGAAGCCCCUCGGGAGCAGCGGGGGCUCGGCGGGCUGGGGCAGGACAACAGAUUUUCCAAGUUCUUCAAGUAUUCUUGCACAACGAGGAAAAAGAAGAGACAUUCCAGUGAAUGAGGAGUUUUUUGCUUCUAUAGUGUUUUCCUUGAGAAGUGGCUCUUUGAAUGAGGAUGACAAUGGAAGAGAUGAAGAAUGAAGCAGAGACCACUUCUAUGGUUUCCAUGCCUCUCUAUGCUGUCAUGUACCCUGUCUUUAAUGAGCUAGAAAGAGUAAAUCUGUCUGCAGCUCAGACACUGAGAGCAGCAUUUAUUAAGGCUGAAAAAGAAAAUCCAGGUCUUACACAGGACAUCAUCAUGAAAAUUCUGGAGAAAAAAAGUGUGGAUGUGAAUUUCACAGAGUCUCUUCUGCGUAUGGCAGCUGAUGAUGUAGAAGAGUAUAUGAUUGAAAGACCUGAACCUGAAUUCCAAGAUCUUAAUGAAAAGGCACGAGCACUUAAACAGAUUCUUAGCAAGAUUCCAGAUGAGAUCAAUGACAGAGUGAGGUUUCUUCAGACAAUCAAGGACAUUGCAAGUGCAAUAAAGGAGCUUCUUGACACAGUAAAUAAUGUCUUCAAGAAAUACCAGUACCAGAACCGGCGGGCACUUGAGCACCAAAAGAAAGAGUUUGUAAAAUACUCCAAAAGUUUCAGUGAUACUCUGAAAACCUAUUUUAAAGAUGGAAAGGCAAUAAAUGUGUUCAUAAGUGCCAACCGACUAAUUCAUCAAACCAACUUGAUACUCCAGACCUUCAAAACUGUGGCCUGAAAACUGUAUAUGUUGAGAGUUGUACUUUUCAAUGGUGGAUAGGGUACCUUUAUAUGUAAAUUUUAAAGUUUUGACUGUAUAAAUUAUCAGCCCCUCUCGAGGGGCCUAAUGCAGGAUUUUGAAUGGGAUUAUUGCCAUCUUACACCAUAUUUUUGUAAAACAUUGUAGCUUAAUCAUAAUCUCACAAGAAAGAUUUUGCAUCACUUUUUGCUAUUAUCAUUCUUUUCAGAAUUAUAAGCCAAAAGAAUUUACGCCUUAAUGUGUCAUUAUGUAACAUUCCUUACAAGAAUUGUAAAUAUUUGGUGUUCUGUUUCUGACAUUUUAACUUGAAAGCGGAAAACUGCAAGAUUAUGUAUUUAACAAUAUUGGUGGCAAAUAUUCAAUAAAUAGUUUACAUCUGUUA